AUGUCUGAACUUACCACUGCUGUGUUCUCCACCUGCGGCAUGGGCGUCAUUACCUUCGUGAUCGCUGCCAUCCUGUCGCUCCCGAAGCAGUUCACCACCGUCUAUCUCGGUGUCGCGCUCGAGCAGUCUGAGAGCGGCACUAGCAGCACGAAGGACACAAUCCGGGAUGCCAUGCUCGGCCUGACAACGCUCAUGACCAUCGCACAGCCGCUCGUCGUAUACGUGCGGGUGAUCAUCAAGGGAAGUGCUGCAAAUAAUUGA